GUUUCCGUACAACACCCAGUGCUCAUCCCAACAGGUGGGAGGGCGGUAAUUUCUACCUGAGAAAGUUGAAUACUGGAACAUGGAAAUCUAGCUACAGUGGUGCAAGUUGCCUCAUAUUUCUACAUGAGAUCUGACCUUCUAGCCCCUUCAUUUCCUAUGACAAGCCCUCAGAGCAAGCAGUUCUCCAGUUUAUCACUCAAAUAAUCCAGCUGAUUUGGUUUCUUUACUUCAGUCUAGAUUCUCUUGACCUUGACCAACUCCAUUCUUCAUUCUCCUCAGGGAAGUGGAGAAGUACUUUUUUGUGUUACUUUUCUGAAUGUUCCUUGUAAAUCAUUCUUGGUAAUGCUUUUUCUCUUUGUACGCUCAAUUUAGGCUUGUCUACGCACUGUAUUUUAUCUGACUCGUGCAAUUAAGUCUUCUCGUUUAUCUUCGAUGUAACUUAGGAAAGUUCCUCUUGUUAAUCAGAUUCUCUGUCACGAAAGUUACACACUUCAGCAUUGCCCAUGCCCGCCUAAGGGAUUGGCAGUGUCUCACCAGAGAGCCCGUCAGCAUUUCUCAAUCCCCUUAUAGUAAUGAAAAUAAAAUGAAAUUUAAGUAAAUAGCCAAUCCAAUCACCUUGUAAGCAUUUCACUAACUGGAUGAGAACACUUUUUGAUAUACUUAGUCUGUCAUUUUUAAGUUUCCUGCAAAGACUUCCUGCAGGACUUGCAACAUUACCUGUCCUUAAAGUAUUUGAAGAACUUUAUCCUAGGGUGCAGUCUACAGCUUGUCAUUGUCAAAGUCAUAGUAGACGUAUAAACGUGAAUGCCAGAAAAAGUUUAACGUCUUCAGGAUAAUACUUAGAACAUUUACGUUACAGUAACUUUCAAAUCAGUAAAAAUCUUAAUCACAAAAACUUCACCGCCAGUGGACAAAUGAAUUCUUCCUUAUUUCCACCUAGCCUUUAACAGAGGCUUGAUAGCCUUGAAAGCUGUCAUGUGGCCAACCAGUAUAAGAAGUAUACUUAUUUUUAUACCUCUGCAGUUUUGAGCAAAUUCAUAUAGCCCAACAAAAUGCAGACCAAAAAAUUACACCGUAAAGUUAUGAUUUCUGUUUAAACUGCAACACGAUAGAUUUUAGCCUGUUGCUAAUCCGCAUGGUAGGACUUUAUGGUCUGGAAUGUUUGCUGUAAUCUGUCUUCCUCUGCAUCCUGCUUUAUCUGUGCAUUUCAUAACUGACUGAACCUAUCCCUCUGACUUAAUGUCAGUAUUUACCAUCUCGGUGUUGUCAGUCCUGUUGGCAUUUCAGAAAUUCUCAUUAAUUUUGAGGUAUUUUUUACUCUGUGGGAGGUAUUUUAUAUACUUCACCAAACCACAACUCUAACUCAUAAGUCAAAUCAAAUUAAGCCCAGUACACUUCCUGCAGUCUCAACCCCGAUACAUUUACAAGCAGAAUGAGGAGGUGAUGAGACACUCCUUUAUUUCUUGCUGCCCUUCCAGUCUGCCCUUGGAUCACUACGCAUUUCCAUCUGGAAGGUUGCUUCUCCACAGUGAUUUCGCAUUACAGGAGGGUUUUCCUUCUUUGUUUCUCAGACCUGGUCCUGUAGACGGGAAGGAGCCUGGACACAGUGACACAUUCACAAAGGCCCUGCAGGACCACCAUGGCUUAUGAUGACUCCGUGAAGAAAGAAGAUUGCUUUGAUGGUGAUCACAGCUCUGAGGACACGGGACUAGCUGCUGGCCGAAGCCAACGAGAAAAGAAACGUUCUUACAAAGACUUUUUAAGGGAAGAGGAAGAAAUCGCUGCUCAGGUCAGAAAUUCUUCCAAGAAGAAGUUAAAGGAUAGCGAACUUUAUUUCUUGGGGACGGACACGCACAAGAAGAAGAGGAAGCACUCCUCCGAUGAUUACUACCAUGGAGAUAUUUCGUCUUUGGAAUCGUCACAGAAGAAAAAGAAGAAGUCCAGCCCGCAGUCUGCCGAUACAGCCAUGGAUCUGUUGAAAGCUAUCACUUCCCCGCUGGCAACAGGCUCCAAGCCCUCCAAAAAGACAGGGGAGAAAUCCUCCAGUUCUUCAAGUCAUUCAGAGAGUAAAAAGGAACACCACAGGAAGAAAGUAAGUGGAAGCGGUGGGGAGCUGUCCCUGGAGGAUGGCGGUUCCCACAAAUCAAAAAAAAUGAAACCGCUCUAUGUGAACACAGAGACACUGACUCUUCGGGAGCCCGAUGGCUUAAAGAUGAAGCUCAUUCUCUCGCCAAAGGAGAAGGGAGGCAGCUCGGUUGAUGAGGAGUCUUUUCAGUACCCCUCUCAACAAGCGACGGUGAAAAAAUCCUCUAAGAAAUCAGCUCGGGAUGAGCAAGGUGCUUUACUCCUAGGACACGAGUUACAGAGCUUUCUGAGAACAGCCCGGAAGAAGCACAAGUCUGCCUCGGACCCACAUUCCCCUCCUGGCCCCGAAGGCGGUGGGUCGGACGCCUCCCAGUUCCCAGACUCCCACAGCGCUGACCUUGAUCUUUCAGGACUUGAACCUAUUCUGGUAGAAUCAGACUCGUCCUCUGGUGGGGAGCUAGAGGCUGGGGAGCUGGUGAUAGAUGAUUCCUACCGGGAAGUCAAGAAGAAGAAGAAGUCAAAGAAGAGCAAAAAGAAGAAGGACAAGGAGAAGCAUAAAGAGAAGCGACACUCCAAGUCCAAGAGAAGUUCGGGACUUUCGGCCGCAGCAGCGGGAGAGGCCCCAGUGGCUCCCGGCCCUCCUCCCAGCGCCCCGCACGCUGGGGCGGCUGCCCCUCCCCCCCCACUGCCCAGCCUCCACACAGACGGGCAUGGUGAGAAAAAGAAGAAAAAAGAGGAGAAAGACAGAGAGAGAGAGAGAGGAGAAAAGCCAAAAAAGAAGAACAUGUCUGCCUACCAGGUGUUCUGUAAAGAGUAUCGUGUAACCAUCGUGGCUGACCAUCCAGGUAUAGACUUCGGGGAACUUAGUAAAAAACUGGCUGAGGUGUGGAAGCAGUUGCCAGAAAAAGACAAACUGAUUUGGAAGCAAAAAGCUCAGUAUCUGCAACACAAACAGAACAAAGCAGAAGCUACAACUGUGAAAAGAAAAGCCUCCUGCUCGGAAGUUCCCGUGAAAGUAAAAGCUUCCUCUGCAGGAGUACUGUCUCCCCAGAAGAAAUCCCCACCCACCACCAUGCUGUUACCAGCCUCGCCAGCCAAAGCCCCUGAGACAGAGCCCAUUGAUGUCGCUGCUCAUCUACAGCUGCUGGGAGAGUCCCUAAGCCUCAUUGGACACCGCCUGCAGGAAACCGAGGGCAUGGUGGCUGUGUCAGGCAGUCUGUCAGUGCUUCUGGAUUCCAUCAUCUGUGCGCUUGGCCCCUUGGCGUGUCUGACCACACAACUACCUGAACUGAACGGCUGUCCCAAGCAGGUCUUGUCAAACACACUAGACAACAUUGCUUACAUCAUGCCUGGACUGUGACCUCGAGGAGUCCCGGGACAGAGACCUCAUCCAACCCCAUUGCUGGUUUGUGUAUAUGUGGAUGCGCCAGAUCACUGGUCUCCGGGUGUAGGUUUUAAAUUUUUAUAUAUAUAUAUACAUAUAUAUAUAUACAUAUAUAUAUAAUGUACAAUAUAUACAUAGGACUGUAACUACUUUGCUUUUAAUAAUUUUAUGAAAUGGCAAAGGUUUAGCCAAGAGGAAACCUUGGCAUGAAUAUGGACUUGGGAUUCUUUUUUCUCCUGUGGUGGAUAAAUCUGCCUUAAAAAUCAAUGUAACUUGGGGGCUGGGGGCUUGUUCUGGGUGCCAAGGGCAUCUCUUUAUGGACAGCUAAAAAUGUGAUUUUUUUCCAAACUCAGCUGUACCUCCAGACCCAUCACUGACCACUUGCCUUACCUGUCUCACAGUCUGAAGUAUAAUAGGGAAGAUUAUGGGAAGAUGCCAGUUGACUGAGAGAGUACAAAGCCUUUCAACUUGAAGUGACCUAGGCAGGAGGUGAUAAAAUCGUUCCCAUCUUCCAGUCACUGCAGUGGCUUAGGUGAACUUCAUAGGGGGUUCAUUCCGUUUCCUGCUCUACCGGUGUCUGUGUCUCAAAAUUUAUUGUAAUCAUUGGUACCAUUAGCAGCCUCAGUAGGGGCCGAGGAGUUACGUGAGCCCCAGCAGCGUGAAACACCUUGGAGAGGGUAAAGCUGUGACUGCACAAGUUGAACAUACAUUGUGAGCUGACCCAGAAUAUUCCAUCUGCAGAACUAAUUGCUGGUAUCUUCCAUUGGCAGCAUUUGCUUAGCCGCCGAGUCCUCACAGGUUUUGCUGCUUAGUUGCUUGAUGGUUGUGGAAGAUGAACUUGGCCCAGCGUGAUUCUUGGGUUCAUCCAAUUGGCUCCCCUGGUGGGCAGAUACCCAGUGUUCUGCAUUCCACACAUAAGUGAAUUGCAAAAAAGUACUCGAUUCUCAUGUAGGUUUAUUUAUGUGCGCGUGUGAAUGUGUGUUUUAAUUAUGUGUAUUUAACUCUUUAAAAUCUCUUAGAUUUUAAUUUAUCCUGUAAAUUUCUGUAUAUAUAAUUUAAUAACAAAAGCCUCCACCAGCAACAGCACGUGGAAGACACAGAUUUGUCAUUUCUUCCCUCCUUCUUUCUUCUGAUCUCCACUGAAAACUCCCAAGUCAUUUACAUUUUAAGGUAUCAUGCCUCAAAAAGGAAUCAUUAUGUCAGGAUUCUAAUUCUUUAUAAUUCAAUAAUGUCAAGAAAGUAAAAUUAAAAGGAAUGUUACCAUUCCCAGCUGCCCACUUUUCCAAAGAACCAGACUUCUGCUUCCCAGUUCCGAAGAAGACAGCUGAACGCUUGAGGGUUGUUUUCCAACUGGGUGUGAGGUUCCCUGCCAAAACUAAGCACCGGGGGAACUGCGCUUUCUUCCCCUGGCCGAGGCACAGCACUACAGCAUCUAAGUAGAUCUUCGAGGACCCUUCAGCCAGCCUGCAUCCUACUUAAUCCCUUCCCUUCUCCCCACCCGAGGGGUCGCAGGGCUUUGUUUCCUGAAGGUGCUCUAGCUGCUGAUUGGCCCUCAGCUCAGAGCCGUGGGGAAGUUUAAUUGGGGAGACGGAAGGAAAUGGGUGUGUUUGGGAACCAAAAUCAAGAAGAGCAGAUCUGGGUUUGAUUCCUUGUGUCAGACCCUGUGCCACUCCUCAUCUGUACCGUGGAAGCUUCCUGUUUGACACAGGGUAUCAAGGAGGGGCCUUGAAGACCAGGAUUAGUAGGAAAGAAGUCAGUCAGUCCUACCAUUGUCAUUUGUGCACAUGAAUGAAAUCCUGAUGAGGACCUGCUUUUUGUUGGUUUGUUUUCCUUUAAAACCCAACCCUAUUGUAUUUGUAUUUAAAUUUGUACACAUUUGUAUGAUAAUCUGUACCUUGUGGUAUUUGGUACUAUUAGAGGAAAAACUUUGGAUUCAGACCUUCUUGCAGUUUUUAUAUCAUUGUUUUAUUUUGUUUUUUAAAUAAAUUCUAGUGGUUUGAUCCAAAUCCCAUUACAGUUGUAUAAAGAAAUAAAAUUUUGUACUUAUAUUAUUAAAAAUCACAUUUUUAAUAUUUGUA